AUGGACCAGCAAUCACUGAUACAGGGAAUCCAUGUUGCAUCACUCGAUGCACUGGAUUGUUUUGCACAUGAACUCAUCAAAGAACACCUCCCCAACGACUAUCUUCAGACGCUCUGUGAUUCUGACCGAACGCAUGCAUUAUGCGCAUGCUUGAUUGUGUACGUGUUGACGGCAACAACCAUUGUUCCACGGCAAUUCCAGCUCGAGGCUGUUCUUGCAACAUUGAAUGGUCAAGACACUAUUAUAACUGCUGGAACUGGCAGCGGAAAAACAUUGUGUAUCAUAAUUCCUAUCCUACUCUGCCCUGGCACUAUUAGUAUGACUAUUUCACCACUCAAAAGCCUCCAGGCCACCCAGGUUCUUGAAUCAACAAAAUACGGCAUACCUACAAUCACAAUCAACAAAGACACUCCAACAGAUCCAUCUCUCUGGGAGUCUAUUCACACAGGAAAAUUUGCUCAUCUCAUUGUUUCACCGGAGCAGUUAUCAAUGUUCAACGGUCACCUUCUGUGCCUCGCACGACUUCUUCGACAAAAUUGUACCUUCACUCAGCACAUCAAGCAUGUACAUGUUGAUGAAGCACAUAAUAUUUAUACCGCAGGGCUUCCACAUCAUGGUGAAGAAGCAUUUCGGCCUGCAUAUGGCAAGCUCGGAGAGCUACAUGUGCUACUUUGCAAGGAAAUAACAUUUCAAGCACUCUCAGCAACUCUCCCCCAUCACAUUCUGUCAACUGUACAAUGUGAGCUCAUGUUCUUGUCAGAUCACAUCUCGCUAGCACUUUCCACAAAUCACCCAAAUAUUACUUAUGCAACAACUCCCAUCAUUGGAGGCCUUUGUAACUUUCACAACUUUGACUGCCUCAUUCCAGACAAUUAUGCACCUCCCAUGAUGAUUCCAAAGAUGUUGAUUUUUUAUGACAAUAAGAAAGAAGCUGCUGCUGCUGCAUACAAUGACUCACGACUGCCAAAACCAUUGUGA